AGGAAAAGGAGAAGGAGAAGGAAAAGGAAAAGGAAAAGGAAAUGGAAAAGGAAAAGGAAAUGGAAAAGGAAAAGGAAAUUGAAAAGGAAAAAUAAAUUCAUAACUCAAAGUGAUUUUAAAUAACCUCCCAUGGUGCUUUUCCCGAGGAAGUGACUGAGGGUAAAAAAGCGUGGGCACAAAAAUCAUGGAAUUCUGGAGUGGUUUGUGUUGGGAGGGACCUUCAGGCUGAUGCAGGUCCAUGGGCAGGGACAAUUCCAGCUAUCCCAGGCUGCUCCAAACCCCAGUGUCCAGCCCGGCCUUGGACACUCCCAGGGAUCCAGGGACAGCCACAGCUGCUCUGGGAAUUCCAGGCCCCUCCCAGGGAAGAAUUCCUUCCCAAGAUCCCGUCUACAUCUCCCCUCUUGCACCUUAAAGCCAUUCCUGCUUUUCCAGCUCAUGCACAAAUCCCAGAGAUUUUAUUGCGGCUUUGUUUUUUCCUUUUUUUUUCCCCCUUUCUCCUGCGUAAAAAGAUGCCGAAAUGUCCCAAAGAAAAAUUCUUUCCAUGUGAUCCCAGCACUUUCUCUCUUGGCUGCAGCUCGGGAUGUGGUUUUGGGUUUUGUGGUGGAGUUCUCUUCAUCCUUUAUUUUUUUUUAAUCCCAUUUUUUUUUCACUUUUUAUUUCCACCCCUGGGAGAGGCCCUGCGGAAUUCCAGACUGGCAGCAAAUCCUGAGGAAACCAGAGCGGGACAAAGGCACAGAAGCCCGGCACAAGUUGGUGCUAGCAAAGAAAAACGGGAAAAAAUUCCUUUUGCCAAGGUUUCCUCAGGAUCCAGCCUGACUUUCCGUGUUUCUCUUGGAUCUCAGCACAGAAGCCGCAGCCUGCCCCAAAAAAACUGCAGCAGAAGCUGAGAAAGAGGGAAAUAGGGAAGGAAUAUCCAGGGAUUCUUAGGGACGAGCUGCUCCCGAGGAUGAGCACCCUGAUCCUGCUGCUCCUGCUUUCCGCCGGGAAUGCCGGAUCCCAGCCGGAGAAGGCGCUGCCCAGGCGGCGCCUGUCGUGCGUCAGGUGCUGCGGUCCCUCGGAGCAGCCCGUGUCCAUCAUCUCCCAAAGAUCCGCCAGGAUGAGCGGAGACCCCCAAUAUUCCGUGCCCAAAAUCCAGCCCACCAUCGACAUCACCAUCCUCAAAGGCGAGAAGGGCGAGCUGGGCGAGCGGGGAUUCCCCAGAGCGGCGGGGAAGGUGGGAGAGCGCGGAUCGCGGGGCCCGAGCGGCCCCAAGGGCCAGAAGGGCCAGCCCGGGCCCCAGGGCCACUCCUGCAAGCAGCUCUUCGCCGCCUUCUCCGUGGGCCGCCGCAAGCCCCAGCACAGCUCCGACUACUUCCAGCACGUCACCUUCGACACGGAAUUCGUCAACCUCUACCAGCACUUCAACAUGUUCUCCGGGAAGUUCUUCUGCUACGUGCCGGGGGUUUAUUACUUCAGCCUCAACGUGCACACCUGGAAUUUCAAGGAGACCUACGUGCACCUGAUGAGGAACGAGCGGGCCGUGGCCAUCCUGUACGCCCAGCCCAGCGACCGGAGCAUCAUGCAGAGCCAGAGCCUGAUGCUGGAUCUGCAGGAAGGGGAUGAGGUUUGGAUCAGGAUGUUCAAGAGGGAGCGGGAAAACGCCAUUUACAGCGAGGAGUCGGAUGUUUACAUCGUCUUCAACGGGCACCUGGUCAAACCCGCCCUGGAGUAG